GGGCCGCCGGGCCCGGCGCGCGUGGCGCGGCUGCCGUUGGCGCGGGUGAAGGCGCUGGUGAAGGCGGACCCGGACGUGAGCCUGGCCAGCCACGAGGCCAUCUACGUCCUGGCGCGGGCCGCGGAAAUUUUUGUGGAAACCAUAGCUAAAGAUGCUUAUGUAUACGCUCAGCAAGGAAAGAGGAAAACUCUACAGAGAAAAGACCUGGAUAAUGCUAUUGAAGCGAUUGAUGAAUUUGCCUUUUUGGAAGGUACUUUGGACUGAACUGCUCAGAGAAGGAGUCCUCUGGAGAAACAAGCUGCAGAGAUGCACACAGGAUGAGUGUUUGAGUAUCGUUCCUAGGACUGAGACACUGAAAUGGCAACCGUAAUGUUUUGUAUAAAGUUUAAGUUGUUGUAAGUUCAUUAUUUAAAAUCCAUGUUUUUUCCAUAAAUAUUUUGUAUGCCACUUAACUGUGCCCAGUAAUCACGGUGAAAAGAGCUCCCCAUGUCACACAGCAGCUGCUCAGGAGCUGCUCUCCCUGCCUCUCUCCAGGGAUGCUGCAGCAGUGCAGAGCCUUCUGCAGGCAAUAGACUGCCUCAGAUCUCCAGACAUGG